GGGUGCCGGCCAUGGCGGCGCUGGCCCUGCUCGGUGUGGCGGCCGCGCUGGGCCCGGGUCUGGCCGCGCCCCGCUACCGCCCGGACUGGGCCAGCCUGGACGCGCGGCCGCUGCCCGCCUGGUACGACCGGGCCAAGGUGGGGGUGUUCGUGCACUGGGGGGUGUUCUCCGUGCCGGCCUGGGGCUCCGAGUGGUUCUGGUGGCACUGGCAGGGCCAGCACGAUGCCGCCUACGAGAGCUUCGUGCGCCGCCGCUUCCCGCCCGGCACCACCUACGCGGAGUUCGCGCCCCAUUUCACCGCCUACGACUUCCAGCCCCGACAGUGGGCACAGCUCUUCCAGCGGGCCGGGGCCAGAUACGUGGUCCUGACCACCAAGCACCACGAGGGCUUCACCAACUGGGGGUCACCAGUGUCCUGGAACUGGAAUUCUGUGGAUACAGGGCCCCACCGGGACCUGGUGGGAGAGCUGGGAGAGGCCCUCAGGGAGAGCAACCUCCGUUAUGGGCUGUAUCACUCCCUGAUGGAGUGGUUUAACCCUCUCUACCUCGCUGACAAACAAAAUGACUUCAAGACCCAGAGCUUUGUUUUAAAGAAGACGAUGCCAGAACUUUAUGAUCUUGUCUUAAAAUACAAACCAGACCUGAUCUGGUCGGAUGGGGACUGGGAAGCUCCAGAUUCCUACUGGAAUUCCACCUCUUUCCUUGCCUGGCUCUACAACGACAGCCCUGUCAAGGACACCGUGGUUGUCAAUGACCGCUGGGGUCGGGGCUGCUCCUGCCGCCACGGGGGUUUCUACAACUGUGCUGACAAGUUCAGGCCGGGCACGCUGCCCGAGCACAAGUGGGAGAUGUGCUCCUCCCUGGACAGCCUCUCCUGGGGCUACCGCAGCAACAUGAGCCUGCCCGAGGUGAUGGAUGAAACCAGCAUGAUCGAGGAGCUGGUGCAGACUGUGAGUUUGGGUGGCAACUACCUCCUCAAUGUGGGGCCUACAAAAGAAGGGGUGAUUGUCCCCAUCUUCCAAGAGAGACUCCUGGCCCUUGGGAGGUGGCUGGGCACCAAUGGGGAGGCAAUUUAUGAGUCCCAGCCUUGGAGGGUACAGAUGGAGAACACCACAGACACUGUCUGGCGAGGUUUGUGCCCUUCCCCUGCUGAAGUCCUGCUCUCCCAGGUACACCUCCAAAGGACCCGUGGUCUUUGCCAUCUUCCUGCUCUGGCCUCGGGACAAUGUCCUGCACCUGUCCUCACCCAUUGCAUCCCCAGGCACACAGGUGACACUGCUGGGCUUUGCUGGCACUCUGGAGUGGCAGCUCCAGCCAGGGGCAGGGAUGCUCAUAACCCUGCCCUACAUGCUCCCAUCUCCCCUCCCUCCCCAGUCUGGCUGGGUGGUGAAGCUCGAGGGGGUGAAGUGAUGCCUGUGGGGGGAUCACAGCAUCUCCCAGUGCCUUUCUUUUUGAUUGAAGCCAAGAGGAAUUUUCUGUUUCACAUUGAAUACAUUAUUUUUCACUUGAGAGAAUCUCUCCUCCAGUCUCUGUUGCAUUGUGUCACUUCAGUGUUGGUUGGAACAGCUGUGAUCAGCUGCUUCCAUGAUGAAUAAAUCAUGGAAAAUCAUGGAAAAUAAAUCAUGGAAAAACCUUGCUGGAAGAGAUCAUCUAUAAAAAAUACACAAAUCCAUCAACAAACUUUUAUUGAAAUUCUGCUGGAGACAGCUACAACAAAAGAUUUUGUUCUUAGAGAAUU